UGUGUGUGAACUGUCAGUGUGUAACGGCCUCGCAGUACACAUCCUCCGUGCUGCUGCUGUACUGUCAGUGCGUGUCAGCACGCCGAGGGGCGGCCGCUUCUGAGUCACUGCUGCCGGACACGCAGUUCCCGUUACGCCUACUCCGGUUUCGUUUCUCUGCACAGCUGAGUGUGAGCCGGAAAUGGUCUUGGGAACAGACUGCAUUCUGUCUUAGGACAUUUCCUGUCGUAUAAAGUUGACAUAUGGUCUGAGAAUGGCUAUGAAACAAUAUAAUGGACGUUCUUAGAGUUCCUUUUGGAAGUCCUUUCCAGUUCACUAUGACCGAGAUGAGUAUCCACCAACCAGAAACAAUGGAGGCGGCCUCCGAGCCUGAGGAGAUGGACGUUUCAGAAACACAAUGGGGCUGGUUCUACUUGUCGGAAUGUGGAAAAUGGCAUAUGUUUGAGACAAGUACAACGGCAUGCUGCUCAAUAAGCAACCAAGACAUUGAACAACAAUACCGAUUGAACCCCCACGGAUCAGUGAAGUUUAGAACGAUGAAGUUCAAUUACAGUCUAGACUUCAUGGAAAUGAAACAAACCAAUUUAUGCACAGGGAAAAAACGACCCAUAAAACGAGCCCCUUUUUCCAUUUCCGCUUUCAGUUAUAUCUGUGACAACGUAUCUAUUCCCAUACCACCUCACUGGGAGCACGUGAACGAUGCGGAACCAUAUCAGCUCAUUCCUUUGGUGAAGAUCUCUAAUGAGUAUCAAAAAGUAACCAAUCUCUUUGGAGAAUCCAUGGAUAGGAACCGCAUUACAAAUAUCACAAGGAUACAAAAUCUAGAUCUCUGGGAAUUUUACUGCAGGAAAAAAGCUCAGCUGAAAAAGAAGAAACGGAUAGGUGAGAUUGCAGAGGAGAUGCUGUUCCAUGGCACAAGUAAUGAAUUUGUUCAUGCAAUAUGCAGUCAUAACUUUGACUGGAGAAUUAAUGGGAUACAUGGUGCGGUGUUUGGAAAAGGCACAUACUUUGCAAAGAACGCAUCCCUAUCAAGCCAAUACUGUAAGAACAGCGGCAAGCACGGGCCCACUCUGAAACUGCACGGAGUUAACACAGACUGCUGUCACUCACUGAGGAAGAAAUGCAUGUUUUUGGCUAGAGUGCUUGUGGGGGAAUACACUACAGGAAAUAGCGAAUACAUCCGACCCCCAUCAAAGGAUGGCAGCCUCAUUAACUUUUAUGACAGUUGUGUGGAUAAUCCCUUCUGUCCACUAAUUUAUGUCAUUUUUGACAGCAAUCAGAUCUAUCCAGAAUACAUAAUAAACUUUGAGUGACUUGUUUCCUUUGCUUUUACAUUUAACACAACUUUUGAGAACUUUCAUGAAGCAAAGAGGACUGAAACCAGGUCCACGGAAGAUGAUAAAAUGACUAUCUUGGAUCCUUCUAGCUGCUCAAAAACUGAUGCAUCAAAAGUUGCAGUUUUCAGACUAAUCUAAUUUAUUAAAAGUUGCAGUUGUAUUUGUCGAUAAAUACAAUGAUGCUUCUGCUUUU